AUUGAAGGAGAAUGGUGCUCAGAUUACGUCGUUUCCUCGUAUACACCAACACUCGGCGCCCUAAUCACAGCGAGGUCGGCGCAUAUAUCCCCGAAGAAGCAGGAUAUCCAGGCACUGGUGGCAGCGGUUCCCUCGCCAUACAGGCCAGAGUGGCGGGACCUCGUUUGUACGCGGGAGGAACUCGGCACGAUCCGGAGUGUAAUACCAGAACGCGCGCUGAUGGCAAUUCCGCCGGCGGACGAUGCUCUAGCAUCCGAGAAAGGUGGGAUGUCUGCGCAAACACUUCUUGAGAAGCUACCUCAGGCAACCAUCCUGCACCUUGCGUGCCACGGUCACCAGAACCGAGAGGACGCGCUCAAGAGCGGAUUUGUGAUGCGGGACGAGAUGGUGACGAUAGAGAAGCUAAUGCCAAUUUCACUCCCGCACGCCUUCAUGGCGUUCCUGAGCGCCUGUGAAACCGCGAAGGGAGACAAGAAUCAACCCGACCAGACAGUCCAUCUCGCUGCGACUUUGCUGUUUGCCGGGUUUAAGAGCGUAAUCGCUACCCUCUGGUCGAUGGAAGAUGCUGACGGUCCCUUCAUUGCGAGAUCCGUGUACGAGGACCUAUUCGGCGGUUCGUCAGAGUACCUUAACGCGGACGACAUUCCAUAUGCGUUGGACCGAGCGGUACAGAAGCUUCGCGAGUCCCACCCGAACCCCAGUCGAUGGGCGCCGUACAUUCAUAUAGGGAUCUGA